AUGGAGACGCAACGAAAACGACGGCUUCAUCGAGAAGAAGAGCGAGAGCGAAGAAUGAAAAGAGUGAGAAGUGUUUUUCUCCUCCGAACGGCGGCGUGGUUGCUCGCCGUCGUCGUCGGCGUCUGCGUCGUCGUCUCCUCCUCCUCGGUCGUCGCUUUGUCUUCUUCUUCUUCUUCUUUACCGAGACGAGCGCUUCAACAAACAACCGAAGAAACAGAAGAUGAAAAUAAAACGUCCAUUGGAAUGUACGUGAUGAUUCCGUUCGUGUGCGGUUUAGUGGGAUACGCGACGAACGUUUUAGCGUUGAAGAUGACGUUUUAUCCGUUGGAGUUUUAUCCGCGGUGUCUUAAGUUUGCGCAAGUUCCCGGGCAACCGUUCGGCUUGUUAGGCGGGUGGCAAGGCAUCAUACCGUCCAAGGCGGGGAAGAUGGCGGAAAUUUUAGUGGAUUUGAUGACGGAGAAGUUAAUCGACGUGAAGGAAACGUUCGCGAAAUUGGAUUCGCAGGAGUUCGCGCACGUGUUGAAGCAACCGUUGAGAAGGAAAGUGAGAGAACAGUUCGAGGAGGUGAUGACGGAAAACGCGCCGGAUUUGUGGUUGACGCUGCCGGAGUACGUGAAGAAUGAAAUCGUGGAAACUGUGAUGGAGCGUUCGCCGUUGUUUUUAAAGACGUUGAUUGACGCGUUAAAAGACAAGGUGUACGAGGUUUUAGAUUUGAAGAGUAUGGUUAUACGAUUAGCGGAAGGGAAUAAGGAUAAAGUGGUGCAAAUGUUUAAAGACGUUGGCGAGAGCGAGUUUCGAUUCAUCGAGGUGAGCGGGUUGUAUUUUGGUUUUUUGUUCGGUUUGAUACAGAUGGGCGUGUUUUACGUCGUCGACCAGAAUCACCCGGAAUACGGGAUUUGGAUGUUACCGUUGUUUGGGUUCGCGACGGGGUAUUUAACCAACUGGGUCGCGUUGACGGUGAUUUUUAAACCGGUCGAACCGAUACAUUUUUUCGGCGGGUGUUACACGUUACACGGCGUGUUUUUAAAACGACAAGUGGAAGUUUCCGCGGAGUUUUCUCGAUUAAACUUUUUGCACUUUUGCAACGCGCAGAAUUUAUGGGACGAGAUGAUGCACGGAACGUUUCGAGGCAAGUUUGAGAGUUUGAUUCGAAAAUCGUCCAGGGAGUUCUUCGAUUCGCAAGCCGGCGUCACCGGUAAAUAUUUGACGAACGAGUUUUUAGGUAAACGCGCGUACGAGAACAUCACGGAUAAAAUGAGCGAUUUACUCGUCAGGGAUAUCGAGCACAUCAUCCCUCACAGUUUCGAGUACCAAGACGAAGCGUUGGAGAUUGAAGUCACCGUGAGCGAGAGGAUGGGCGCUUUACGAUCGGCAGAGUUUGAGAGAGUUUUGCACCCGGUGUUUGAGCAGGAUGAAAUUAAAUUAAUCGUCGUCGGAGGCGUUUUAGGCGCCGCGGUUGGCGUGAUACAGUAUUACGCCGCGUUUGGAGGGUCUUGA